AUGAUGGGGAUGAUGGAGGAGAUGUGGAUGAUUGGGGUGAUGGGGAUGAUGGGGUUGAUGAUGAGGGGAAUGAUGUGUCUGAUGAGGAUGAUGGGUGUGAUGAGGAUGAUGGAGAUGAUGGAGAUGAUGGAGAUGAUUGGGAUGAUGGGGAUGAUGGGGGUGAUGGGGAUGAUGGAGAUGAUGGAGAUGGUGACGGUAAUGGCAUAUUUGGAUGAUAGGGGUGAUGGGGAUGAAGAGGGUGAUGGGGAUGAAGGGGGUGAUGGAGAUGAUGGAAAUGAUUGGUGUGAUGGGGAUGAUGGAGAUGAUGGGGAUGAAGGGGGUGAUGGGGAUGAUGGGGAUGAUGGAGAUGAUGGGGAUGAUGGGGAAGACAGGUGUGAUGGGGAUGAUGGAUAUGAUGGGGGUGAUGGGGAUGAUAGGGAUGAUUGGGUUGAUGGGGAUAAAGGGAGUUAUGGGGGUGAUGUGGAUGAUGGGGAUGAUGGGGAUGAUGGGGAUGAAGGGGCUGAUGGAGAUGAUGGAGAUGAUGGGGGUGAUGGGGAUGAAGAGGGUGAUGGAGAUGAGGGGGAUUAUUAG